GGGGGGUUGUCUCCGUUUUUCUGCCUGGGUCUUUGUCAUUGCUGUUCCUUCAUUGGUGCCCGUGGAGUUUUCUAAGGUAGCUUUGCAGAAGAUAUGAGGUGAGAAGAUAAACAUGCAUGCCAGCUAUUGUCAUGACAGCAUUGAACCAAAACAUUCUGUCUAGAGUAUAUUUUUCACUCCAUGGCAUUCAGCAGCUGUAGAAUAAUUCCUAAAACUGACCAAGAUUUGUGAGGAGGAAGCAUUUAGACGUUGUGCACGUAGUGAUUUGGGGGGUUGCGACAUUAAUUUGCUUUCCUCCCGGCAUUUCCCAGUGAUAAUUGGUGCCUAUUUAGCUCUAUUCUUGGUUGGGCAAUAUAAAAGCUCAAAGCAACAACUAAGUACAGCCCAUGUGCUUGAACUGCAUAACAGAAUGUAGAAAAAGGGAUGGAAUAGAGGGAGACACGCACAUUGACGCUGCAAGCGCGCCGAAAUUGAUUUGGCUCCCUUUUUAAUGCAAAUCUGUGGCUCCGUUCGCAGGCAGCGAUUGGACGGCCGUUGUUUCCCGCCAGCGAGCGAGGCUAGUCUUACAAUGAGGUGAUAAGAGGAUGUAUUCAGAGACGGCAAGAGCGGGAAUGCCAGGAGAAUGAGACCAAGCUGGAGAGAGAGCGAGUGUGAGAAAAGAGGGGGAUGUGGAGGAGAGGGGAGAGCACAGCGAAAGAGGAUUAGAUGGAGGAGGAGAGGGCUGCUGACGGAGAGAGGGUUAAUGAGGGAGGGAGAGAAAGAGAGAGAGACGGAAAGAGGGAAGUAGCAGUUGCCAUUAAUCUGGCGUGCUCGUGGUCCCCUGGGCCUCUCAGUGCCGGAGUGGAGCCGGCCUUGCUGAGCUAUGGGUUAGAUGCUCGCACCAUUAGAGCCCAGCACUGCCUCAGCCCCCCCAAAUUGGCACAGCCACCGUGGCUAAAAGCAUACAACGCCAGUCCAGGCUACCCUCGUCCUCACUGUCUGAGGCUGGAGCCAAAUGAAUAGUCUUUCAUGUCAAUAGAGUGCAAGCGUCAAGGUUUCCCUUGACUGUUUCCACCACCACCUCCGCACUGUGCAGAUUUUCUAGACGUGAGCCUAGCUGGUGUAGUGCCACCUCCGUGCUGUAAUCUCCAGUGACGUCUCUGACGGAGUUUUCCAUGUCCCCCCCCCCACAGAACUCCAUACGGCACAACCUGUCCCUGCACACUCGCUUCAUCCGCGUCCAGAACGAGGGCACCGGGAAGAGUUCCUGGUGGAUGCUGAACCCAGAGGGAGGCAAGGCAGGGAAGGCACCUCGGCGCCGGGCCGUCUCCAUGGACAAUAACUCCAAAUACUUGAAGAGCAAGGGGCGGGUCAGCCGGAAGAAGGCAGCGGGGCGGCCGGGGCUUGGGGCCGCGCCUGGGCUGCAGGGGUCCGUCGCAGAGGAGGGCAGCCCCAGCGGAAAGGCGGUGGGGGUGGGAGCAGGUGCUGAGGAGUUUGAUGCCUGGACGGACAUCCACUCCCGGGCCAGCUCUUCCACCUCCACCCUGAGCGGCCGCUUGUCGCCCAUCCUGGCCGAAGCCGAGCUGGAGGAGCCUGAGGAGGGUGUUCUCUCCUGCUCCGCCUCCCCCCACCUGUACCCCAGCCCAUCCAGCGCCCGCUCGCCUGCCCUGGGAGCCGCCGGGCACUGUCCUUCAGUGGAGCUCCCGCAGCUUGCUGACUUGACGGGGGCCAUCAGCCUGGAGGAGAGGCUCCUGGAAGAAGGGUACCACCAGCCCCCCCGGCACAAGCGUCCCAGCUUCCACUUCGGGUCCGGCAGCAAAGGCCAGGGCUCGUACUGUGGCUCCGUGUAUAGCCAGCCGGCCAUGGGGCUGCUGCGGCACCACUCGCCCAUGCAGACCAUUCAGGAAAACAAAGCUGCCAGCUUUCAGGGCUCAAUGAGGGGCUACGGCAGCUCCAACGCCCUGCAGGACCUGCUCACCGGGGGGCCGCGCUACUGCAGCAAGGACAUGAUGCUGAGGCCAGAGGCAGAGUCACACCCCCUGAUGGGUCCCUCCAGCACAGGCCACUCCCUCAGCCACAGCGCCGGCCUCCACCACGGCCAUAACCAGAACCCAAGCCACAAUCCCAGUCACAAUGCCAACCCCGGGCAUAAUGUGCAUCACAGUGCCAGUCAUAAUCCCAGCCACAGUCACAGUCACAGCCAUACUGCCAACCACAACCACAGCUCCAAUCGCAACCACAACCCUACUCACAACCACAACCCUACUCACAACCACAACCACAACCCUACUCACAACCACAACCAUGCGCACACUCGCCCAGGUCAGCAACCGGCUCUCACACCCCAGAUGAACAGUGGACUUCUGCAGCCCUACAGCCUCAAAGCCCCUGACCUAUAUAGCCCCUCAGGCCACGCCCACCUACCUGCCUCCACCUCCUUGCCCCCUAACCCGGCUGGCAUGCUGGGGAUGCCCCAGGAUUCCUGCCACCUGGCCACAGCCCCGCACCCCCGACUCCAGCCCUACUCCGGGGGCCACCACCAGGGCAUGGAGGACCCCCGACAUGGACACUACCACCACCCACAGAGUGGAAGCGGAGGCUACCAUGGUUAUCAUCACCCGCACCAUCCCCACGCCCAUCACCCACAUGAUCGGCUGCCCGCUGACUUGGACCUGGACAUCUUCCAGGGCAGCCUGGACUGCGAUGUGGAGUCGAUCCUCCUCAAUGACUUCAUGGACUCUGAGGAGAUGGACUUCAACUUCGACAGCUCUUUGUCCCAGGGGAUGGGCAUGGGUAUGGGUAUGGGAAUGGGCAUGGGCAUGGGCAUGGGCAUGGCGGUGGGAAUGAGUGGCCUGGCGGGCCCCCCCCAGGCCCACAAUAAUCAGAACUGGGUGCCUGGCUGACCCUCCCUUGGUAACGCUUGGAGAGACCUCACACAUGACGAGGAGCGGUUGGCAAGGGGGGUCCUUCAGAUUGACAUACCCAGCUGUCUGCUUGACUGUGACUUCUAGGCCACAUGAGAAAACAAUGUGAUAGAAACACAUACAAUCUAACCGCCUCUCCCCCACCCAAUUUCCCCCCCAUCCCCUCAAUCUACCCCAAGCCCUCUGCCCCCGGUCACUGUGCUUAUGGUUCACGUCCUUCCAGUCUGUCGAGUCAGUCGUACUGUGAUGACAAUCCCAGUGUUACCGCCAUCUACCAAGGCCUCCCGUCAAGCCGGAACUUUCUAGCACUUUAUAUGUAUGAUGCUGGGAGUCACGCAGAUGCCACCAGGGGAGGUCGCUCUGCCGUGCGGCACGUUCCGCCUGCCGGGGGCGCCCCCGGGCAUAUCCAUCAGGCUCGAGCGUCGACACUCCGCACGUCGCCGCGACCCAGCGUGUCUGCCUCGCACCCAGCACCUCCGCGCCGCUAGCUUGCCGCUGACGUCACCCCAUUGAAAUUCCGCGUCUCGCUUUUAAUCUCCAAAGUGACCCAGUAGUGAUGUAUCAUUAUUGCAAAUUUAAUGCAGUGGUGGCACCCCCAGCCCACGUCCGCUGCGCGUAAUGCGCUGAGUGAAGGGAGUGAUUAACGCUAAGUCAUCUUGCAGUAAUGUAGCCGGCGCCCCACCCCACCUCACCCCCACCUGAUUAAACAGAAAGGGUGCGGAAGGUGCACAAGUCCUCUGAAGGCCCAGUAGAACCUUUCCUUCUCCCUUCUUAUUUGUGACUUAAUUGGCUUCCCAUUCCAUAAACCAACAUCUCACCGAGUUCCCCGUAGUGAGGGGCUGGGGUGCCCUAACUGCCCCCGUCCUUCCUGUCUGCGUUUAGGCCACGCUUUUCUCGUGUUCUGCCGGCUGCGUUGUGGUUUUGACUUUGUUUACCGGUCCAUUGAGUGGAAAAAGAAAAAAAAAAAAACGCGACCGAACUGUGGCUCUCGUCAGACAGUGCUGACCUUGUCGUCGUUACACUCAUCUUUGCUUUGAUGUCGUUCUUUAUCCUCAUUGUUCUCUGUGUAAAGAAGCAGAGUCGUUCGCCCUGGGGGGUGACAAAGCGGCUACGCAACAGGUGGAACUAAUGGCUCUCAUCCAGACCAUCUUGGACGUGCACACAAACCACUGCGACCACAGAAGACCUCUACAGGUCUGCCCUGCUCAGCUCUGGGAACUAAUAUAUCCCCCCCGCCUCUGAUGCUAAUGAACAGUGCUACCAACAAGGGGAGGACACGCGUUUUCUGGGUGCCCAGGCUCGGUGAGGCCAAGGAUCAGGCCAAGUGUUACCUGCCGAUGAUGGAUAAUGCCUCUUCUUUCAGUGAUGGGUCUUUAUUUUCACUAGUACAGGUUAAGCCCAUUGAACCUUGAGGGGCAGAUUUUGUGACUCCCCCCAGUUGUUCUUCAUUUGCCUCCUGGGGCAGAUACGGGGUUCAGUGUAACCUUUGACCCUUUGACGUGUAAGUGUGUGCGCAUCAACCUUGUACCGCAGUGGUGUAGAGAAAUACAAAAUCCAACAGAGGACCUUCCCGGUAUUUAUAUAUGAAGCUGCAUAUGCAUAAUAUAUACGAAUAGCAUACAAAUAUUUAUUAAUGAAAAAGUUGGUCUUUGACUUCCUGAGUGUGGUAGCAUCCCAUUGAACCCUGACCCCCCCCCUCACUUCCUGUCUUUGUUACUGAAUCAUACUUCAGUUAUAAUUUAAUGACCUUUUAUUUUGUACAAAAUCUAUAUUGAGAAAAUUGUAUAAUAAUUUUUAACGAAAAAAAUAUCAAUUUUGCUGUUUUAUUUCUUCCUUUUUUAAAGAGAAUGUAUCUUAUCACCUGGUGACUGUUAAAUAAAUGAGAAGAUCUGAUCGAC